UUCUCUUCUCCCCCUCCCCAAACCAAACCAUCCUCUUCCUACAGGAACCUCUCCCACCACCGCGUCAUAUCUCGACCCUUGUGCCUCCCCCACACCUCAUCGUUUCUUCCUUCGAUCUUCUCUCCCAUUUCUUCCUUUAUACCCCCCUAGACCCGGUUCCCAUUGCAAGGAACCGUCCCCGUCGCCCUUCCUCUCAGGCUGGCCUUCUUUUUAAUGUCUUUUUCAGCCUGUCUGCCCUGCCUUGUCUGACGUCUUAUCGUGGCCUUGUUUUCUUCUUCCUUCGCAUCCCCCUUCAGUCCGCAUCGCAGCCCAAUCAAACGUCCUGGGCACUUCAUUUUUUGCUCCCGCCGUUUCUGCGUUCGAAGAGCAAUCGCCCCGUCGAUCGGUCUUCAUCUGCAGCUCGGAGCUAGUCGCCAUUCCUCGCCGUCCACGUCCCUCUCCAACUUUCCCGGUAUCGCCGAGAAGAAAUCACAGCUACCGUUUAGCCUCUCGAUCCAAAAACUCUACUGGGCCAUUUCCUACCGCGUGUGAGUGAAGUUUAUCAAGUGUCUAGACGCCCUUGCACGAUAGAGCUCCUGAGAGUGGGGCUUGUUCUUCCCGGAUUUCUCGUAAAAAAGCCUUCGGCCCUUAUUUUCCAAUCUACCCCAACCAAAGGGUGGUACGUGAAAAAUGGUGGACAGGGAUCCAAGUACACCUACCUGGAAGUUCACGCAAUGCUUUGGUGAUAAGGGGGAUGUGGAAGAUAUAACAGAAGCGGAUAUCAUCUCUACUGUCGAAUUCGACCAUACCGGUAACUACCUAGCUACGGGAGACAAGGGUGGACGAGUUGUGUUGUUCGAGAGAAACGAAACGAAAAAAACCUGCGAAUACAAAUUCCACACCGAGUUCCAAUCACACGAGCCAGAAUUCGACUAUCUAAAAUCUCUAGAGAUCGAAGAGAAAAUCAAUAAGAUUAAAUGGUGCCGACGACAGAAUGCAUCCCAUUUCCUCCUUUCGACAAACGACAAGACGAUAAAACUAUGGAAGGUCUUCGAUAAGUCCCUAAAGGUGGUUGCAGAAAACAACCUGUCCAACGAACUCACUCCCGCGAGCGUUGUCGGUGGCGGGGCGCCUCGCGCCCCCCGGUUGACCUUCAAGGAUCCCUCGAUGCUGAAACUUCCGAGGAUGACACACCAUGAUACAGUUGUUGCAGCAGUCCCUCGAAGAACCUAUGCGAACGCACAUGCCUAUCAUAUCAACAGUAUAUCUGUGAACAGUGACGGAGAGACGUUUAUCAGCAGUGAUGACUUGCGUAUCAACCUAUGGAACCUUAACAUUCAAGAUCAGAGCUUCAACAUCGUUGACAUCAAACCUGCAAACAUGGAAGAGCUGACCGAAGUGAUUACGGCCGCGGAAUUUCACCCGACCAGCUGUAACUGGUUCAUGUAUGCCAGUUCAAAAGGAACCAUCAAACUUGCGGACAUGAGGCAGCGCGCCUUAUGUGAUGAACACCAAAAACUCUUCGAGCAAGAAGAAGAUGCCGCCUCCCGCUCAUUCUUUUCCGAAAUAAUCUCAUCCAUUUCAGACGUACGCUUCUCACAUGAUGGCCGGUAUAUUGUUUCGCGUGACUACCUUACUGUUAAGAUUUGGGACGUAAAUAUGGAAAGACAGCCGGUAAAGACGAUUCCUAUCCAUGAGCAUCUACGACCCCGCCUGUGCGAUACCUACGAGAAUGAUAGUAUCUUUGAUAAAUUUGAGGUGGUCUUCUCGGGCGAUGCACAGAAUGUGAUGACUGGAAGUUACAACAACAAUUUCAUGAUCUACCCUACCGACCAGGAUAAGGAGACAGAGAUUGUCCUGCAGGCAGACAAAUCCGCGUUCAAGGCCAAGAAGGUUGGUGUGCCAACGCCAAUGAACAAGGGAGCCAACGGGAAGAAGAGCGGCUCAGGUAGCCCUGCCGGUCCUGGUAGUCGGAUGAAGAAGGAAACCGACGCAGAUCAGAUCGAUUUCAACAAGAAGAUCUUGCACAUGAGCUGGCAUCCUUACGAAGACAGCAUUGCUAUUGCUGCCACGAACAAUCUGUUCGUCUUCUCCGCAUUGUAAUGCCAUGAGUAUAGUCGGUGAUCUAGCUGAAGACCGGCGCAUGUCCCGAGCACGGUGCGAGGUGGAGGAGAGGAGCGUAGCAACAACAGCUGCAGAUUUCAAAAUUCAAAGCCAGUUUCGAGUUGAGGCCAUUUUCUGGAGUUUGGUCGUACGAGUCCCUUGAUCCCAUACUUUUCGCAUUUCCUUCACCUCCCUCCCAACCCACCUUCGGUCCGAUACUAUUUAGAGCCAUUUCUUUUUUGAUUUAUUUAUAUGGGGUUCUUGGGCAUCUUCGAGGCGUCGUGAUGGGGAGUCCGAUAGAGUCAUGCGAGAGGUUUUGCCCAUUUCGUGUGACAGAAUGUCCCUUCUGCUUUUCCACUACCAGCAAAUCUGCGCAUUCUACGAUGAGGAAGGAAGGCUUUAUCGUGCAUGUCCGUUUACAUUCCAUUCCAGAAGGGGCUUCUCUUUUGUCGCUCUGCAGCGAGAGCUUGGUUCCUACUGGCCUACUGAAACCCCGUUGUAGGCAUUCUGUUUAGCGUUACUUAAACUAGGAGUAGAUACACACAGAGUAAUGAAUCGAUGAAGGACAAGCAAGGGUGCUCG